GUGACAGAGCUUUAUGGAAGCCCUCCGCCUGGUAUAGAUCUUCAGGCCAAUCAGGAGGUCCUGGAUGACUCGGUUGUAGCAGUGCUCGCUACCAUCGCGACAUUAGCUGUCGCUUUCCGUAUCAUUGUCAAGAAGAGACAGCGUGUUGGGCUGGACGGCGACGAUUGGUUCAUUCUGAUGGCUCUGCUUGGGGAGUAUGGCACAGCCGCCUGUACGCUCACCAGUAACUAUUUCGGAGCAGGAAAGCAUGUCUGGGCCACCAGCACACCCUCACUACGCAAAAUGUCAAUCGCAUUGUUUAUUUAUCCAUGGAUCUACGUUGUCGCAACGGUCGGCCUCAAACUAUCAUUCUGUUGGACUUACAUGCGCAUAUUCUCGUUGAGCUCGGUGCGCGGCACAAUAAGGUGCCGCACGUGGAUCGACCGGAGCCUGGUUGCCUGCGCGCUUGCCUCUUGCAUGUAUGCCCUAUCUGUGUGGUUGCCGAUGACGGUGGCCUGUCGACCAUUGCACCACUUCUGGGAUCAAUAUACUGGUGCGAGCAAUGGUAGCUGCAUGGAUUACCUGUCAAUGUGGAUAUUUACGGGUAUCUGUAGCGCAGCCCUUGAUCUGAUCAUCCUGCUUCUACCAAUCCCAUGGAUUUGGUCCCUACAGAUGUCUUGGACGAAGAAGCUCAGCGUCAUGGGUAUCUUAGCCUUGGGUACACUUGUAGUAAUCGCGGCAAUCAUCCGAUUGAUCUACAUGUCUCGUAUGAUGCAUGAAAUCGACAUCACGUGGGCUUUGGGACCUGCCCAGAUCUGGACCUCACUCGAGCCAUCACUAGGCAUUGUGUCUUCAUGCUUG